AUGUCUGUGGCAACCUCGCACCGGAACACCGCCUUUCAAGUGCGGUCUUUGUUCCGUUCGCUUCUUCGCCAGUCAUCGGGGUUCUCAAAUUACAACUUCCGCGAGUACGCUCACCGGAGGACUGUUGACGGGUUUCGUGCACACCAGAAGGAGUCGGAGGAGCGCCGGAUACAGGAGCUGAUCCAGGAAGGGUUGCAGAACCUGCGCUUGAUGAAGAGACAGACGGUCAUCAGUCAGUUCUAUCAGUUGGAUAAGUUGGUAGUGGAAGGCCAGAAGACAGGCGAGGAAACAGGUCAUAAAGGGGGAAUUGUGCGCCAGAAGGAUACGGGGUGGGAUUGA